AUGUCAACAACUUCCACUUCACCACCAAUAAACUCGCCAUCAGUUCAAAAACAACCGUUUACAUUUCACAGCAUCUUUUGCGAUUUACAAUCGACAACAACACCCGAAUUAGAUGAAACAGAAGCAGUAUGUGUUGGAGAUGAGAUGCAAGUGUCUCAGACAGCUAUAUUCGACAAUAACGAUUCAUCGUUCUUAAAACUAGAACCACCAUCACCCACCUCGAUGUCUUCUCCCGAUGUCGAUUCACGCUCACAACCAAAAGCAAUGUUUUAUCUUGACGAAUCUUCGCCUCAGUCACAUUCUCCAUCAACUCAUUGGUCCACAUUACAUUCUUAUAUUCAACGUUUUCGACAUUUGCACCAUCAUCAUUCACAAUCUCAUCCUUCCACCAGUCGUCCGUUAUUAUCAAAGCAAACGUCAAUGAGUGAGUUUGAAAGUAGCGCUCAUCGGAGACAAGUACAACAGCGUAGUAGUGCAUCAUUCGUCGACCGAACACACGUACAUCGAUUCUUAAAACGUUCGGAAACAAAUAUUGGCAGUAAACGUCGGAGUGAUUUUUGUGUGAACGAUGAGCUUUACGAGUUUAAAGCCAUUCCGCUUGAUGAAGAUUUUCCAGAACUACGACCAUCUGGCGAACAACAGCAUCGUACACUGAAAAAAAAUCGAAAAUCGCACAGUUCAGUUGCAUCAUUUUUCCAUCACUUUCAUCCACACCAUCAUCAGUCACAAGAUCAGGGAAAGUUAUCAUCGCCCUCAAAGUCGAUCUCUGCAGUUUCGAAAUCAACGAGCUCGUUAUCCGAUGCAUCUACCGAUACGAGUCAACAACGACUGACAGUUGCUCAUAAAGUCCCAUCAAAAUGUAGAUCAUCUCCAUUAUUUCCCAAGUUUUUCUCACAUCAUGAUUCACAUCGCAAUAGUGAUCCUAGUCAUCAUGAACAUAAACAUCGUAUUGGAAAUUUAAUGGAACGUUUACAUCAUAAAAAGAAGCAAGCAACAGGCGAUGAUACAACAAACAUGAAGUUUAACUGUUCAUCCUCAUCUUCAUUGAUUAAACAUUGGAAAUCUCAACAAGAACAAAAUCCAGCUCAAAUUCAGCCGGAUUUUUUUCGUACGAAAUCCAAUCAGCAUCCAGUUAUAAUGAAGCGUGUACAUACUUGGCAUUCAUUUGACAUUAGACCAAUUGAACAAUGUAAAGAGUACUAA